AUGAGCGACGCAGCGACGGUAACGGGUCAGCGUGCAGACGGAGAAACCCGGCAGUCGAAUCCGGAUGACGCGUGGCAAAAGCUCAUUCGCCAGCUGGAGGACUGUUUCGCGGAUGAGAAAGCCCCCUGGAUCGUCCCUCUGCGGCCGCACUUCACAGCUGCUGCUCGCCGGGGGGACCCCUUCCUCUCCCUCCCUGCUGCCGUCCUCCCAGCCUUCGCCAAGAAGGUCACUGCUGCAUGUGCAUCCAUCGACCCUGCAUGUGACAGCAACAGGGGGGAUGGAUGGAACUCUCGACUCGACCCAACACCCCCCUCUCCCACUCCCCCACCCCCCGCUUCUAUCUCAGGUCACUGCUGCAUGUCACUGCUGCAUGUGCAUCCAUCGACCCUGCAUGUGACAGCAACAGGGGGGAUGGAUGGAACUCUCGACUCGACCCAACACCCCCCUCUCUCCCACUCCGCCACCCCCCGCUUCUACCUCAGGCGGCGGGAGGCAGCUUCUGGGAAGGUUCUUCAGGAGCUGCUGGUAGCAAUGCCUGCUGUGAAGAAAGCCACAGACGGAGGGGGAGGGGGAGGGGGAGGGGGAGGGGGAGGGGGAGAGGGAGGGGGAGAGGGAGGGGGAGGGGGAGGGGUGGGAGCGAGGGAUGAAAGAAGUGUGGAUAAGGCAGGUGAAAAGGGAAAGGAAGGUUUGGCUGAGGAUUCUGCAGGGAAGGAGGAGGUUAAAGAGGAGCCAGUGAAAGGGGCAGCUCUGAAACGCAAGGAUGGGGAGGAGGGUCCUAAGACAGCAGGUGCUGCUGCAAUUGGAAUGGAAGGAGGAACGGGAGGGAAGGAAGAAGCGGAACGAGUAGGGAUGAAGAAACAUGAGGAGGGUGGGGCAAGGCGUGUGCCCAUGGUGGUCAUUCCAUGCCCCUCAUCCCCGUUAUUGCAUGCAUGCCAGAAAAAACAAAACCACCAGCAGCACCAGCAUCUCCAACAGCAGCUGCAGCAGCAGCAAUGCAACCACGAGGUGCCACGGAUGGUGAAUGUGACUGUAAGGAGGGAUGAGUACAUUAUGGAUCGAAUAGCAGAGGUGCUUGUAACGAGCUGGUCUGGGGAUGAGAGCAGCAGUGGUAGGGUGGAGAAGGAUGGCAGCAACGGUGGUAGUAGUGGCAGCAGAGAGGGCGAGCGGAGGGAGAGGAGCAGGGAUAAGAGACAGGUGGUUGGUGGUGCAGAUGCCGGGUCACUUGUCAUCUCCAAGCUACUGCACAAGCAUCAUCCCCACAUGCGUCUUUUCUCCUUCCUCCCAGCCUCCCUCUCACUCCCUCACAACAUCGCACCGCCACCAACACAACCAUUAGAAUCAGCAGCCGCAGGAGAAGAGGCAGCAAAAGAAAAAUCAGCAAGAGAAGCUUCAGCACUAGCACCAACUGCCACUAGCACGGCACCCCGCCAGCUGGCAGUGAACAGCACGGCGAGCUGGCUGGCGGGGUGUGAGGUGCGGGGGCCUGCAGUGGUGGCGGUGGUGGAGGCAUCGUGGAGCGACAGCCGGAGAGGGGAGAUGGAGGAGGAGGGAGUGGUGGCAUGGGACGUGUACAGCUCAGCCCGGACGUGCCCCUCCUUGUCUCCUGUCCUCUCUGCCUCACUCUCUCACACACACACCGCCCAUGUGCCUCUCUUCCUUUUAACACCCCCCCUCUCCUUCCCCUCCAGGCGCCUGCUCGCCCGGCAACCCAGGGGCAUGCGUCUGCUCGCCCGGCAACCCAGGGGCAUGUAUCAGCUCAGCCUGGAAGCCCCUGUCCUCGCCUCCUUACCUCUCUCCUUCUCCUCCACGCCCCUCUGGCGCGGCAAGCACCCCAAGUCUAUGCUUCUGGAGCUCUGCACCAUGCAGCGCGCCAUCGACUCCUCGCCGAUGUGCAUGGGCAUGUGCGGCUUCAAGACUGAGCAUCAGCAGCAGCAGGAGCAGGAGCAGCAGCAAGGGAAGGAUGGGCGGCAGGAUGAGGAGCAGAAGGAUGAGGACCGGGAGAAGGCACAGGAGGAGCAGGAGGGGCAACGUGGGCAGUGCUGCUGCGAGCACAAGUCCAUGCAGCUGGCAGUUGGAGACCCUGUGUUUGAGUUCCCAUCCCCUUCAGGCUCCCUCAUUCCCACAACCACAGCCACCACGACAGGCACAGGCAUAGGCACAGGCCAAGGCUCUGGUGGUGCGAGUGGUGGCACCAGCAGCAGCAAUACCACUAAUGGCAACGGCACAGCUGUCAACAGUGGUGGGUUCAAAUGCCGGGUGACCAUCAACAGAGGCCCUUCCUCUCCUCCCUGGGUUGCUUUCUCCCCCCGCCGCUAUGCUGCACGCAUGGAUGCAGUGCAUGCUGCGUGCUUAGAGGCCUUGAGGGCGAUUCAGAAGGAGUAUGCGGAAGUGUGGGGGAGAGUGGUUGAUCCCUGGGGGGCAUGGGGGGGAGAGGGGCAAAGGGAGGAAGGAGAGGAAGGGGAGGACGGGGAACGAAUGGAGAUUUGUACAGGAGACGGAAAUGGGGGGUAUGGAGAGGAGAGGGAGGAGAAGGAAAGGGAGGAGGAGAAGAGGGAAGAGGAGGAGGAUGGGGAUGGCAGAAUGGCAAGGAAGCGUGUGAAGGAGGUUGAAGAUUCCUCCCCAACACGAGCACCCACCAGUGCAGUGCCAAUGCUUGGCAGUACUGAUGCCGUGGCAGCGCUAGGGUCUUCUCCACGCCCAUCUCCCUCUUCCUCCUCCACACCUGCUGCCUUGGGCUGCCUUGUAUCCAUCUCCUAUAGGGUAUCUCUGCAACAGGGCGCAAAAUUGCCUCACGGUUGCUCAGAAGAAGUCUGCUCGGAGGGCAAGGAGGAGGUGUGCUUGGAGAGCAAGGAGUGCUUCGAGUUUGAGUUUGGGCGGGGCUGUGUGGACGAGCGGAUCGAGGCUGUGAUUGGCCGCUUGCUGCCAGGUCAGACUGCUGACAUCAGAGUUCCGAUCCGCGGGCAUCUGCCGCCCUUCCCGGCUCUGGAGGCGAUUCAGCCUGCGACAGGGCCCUCGGCCCUCCACUGCCGCAUCCCGCUCCUCUCAGUGGCAGCAGCGGAGGAGGAGGAUUGCAUGACGCAGCUGUCUUCUUUCCCCUCGUGCACCCCCCCCCCCACCCCGCUCCUCUCCAUCCCAGGGCCUUCAGCCCUGCACUGGCGCAUCACGCUCCUCUCAGUGGCAGCAGCAGAGGAGGAGGAUCGCAUGACGCAGCUGUCCUCACUUCACCCCCAUUGUCUCCCUCCCUUUCCCCUCUUCCUUCCCAAUCCCAGGGCCCUCAGCCCUCCACUGGCGCAUCACUCUGCUAUCAGUGGCAGCAGCAGAGGAGGAGGAUCAAAUCGAUGCAGCCAUCUUCUCCCCAUCUCUCUCUUUCCCCUCAUGCACCCCCACCUCCCCAACCCCCCCACCCUUCCCCCUAUCCUCCCACUCCCAGAGUUCACAGCCCUCCACUGUCGAGUCACGCUGCUCUCAGUGGCGGCAGCGGAGGAGGAGGAUCGAAUCGAUGCAGCCAUCUUCUCCCCCUCCCUCUCCAAGCAACGCCUUGCCUUUGCCGCUGCACUCAUCUCAAAGCACUCGCCGGCUUUCCUCCUGGACGUUGGGUGCGGGUCUGCCUCUCUCUUCGACUACUUGCUGUCUGCUUCAGCCGCAGCAAGCAAGGGCAGUGGCAAGGCCGGUAGUGCUGGCUGUGACAAUGGCAGUGGAAGCAGUGCUGAGCGAUUUUGUUUACCGGCGAGCAUGGUGGGGUUUGACAUCAGUCAGAAGGAGCUGGAGCGGGCUGGUCGGAGCCUAACUCGCACCAUAACAAGCCUGCAAGCAGCCUCACAGCCGGCAGCAGACGCAGCCACUGCAGCAACACAGGUUGAGCCGGCACCUGAAACAACCUGCACCGUUGCAGCACAAGCAGCUUCAGCACGGUUGGCGCUCUAUGCCGGUUCCCUUGCUGACGUGGACGAUCGCAUGAAGGACGCUGACGUGGCAACUUGCUUGGAGGUGGUGGAGCAUUUAGACGAGGAGCCACUGGCAGCCUUUGGGGCCGUGGUGCUGGGGGCACUCAGACCCCGCGUUCUGCUUGUCUCCACUCCCAACAUCGAGUACAAUCCUGCCAUUCGUGCUGCCACCGCUGCUGCUGCUGCUGAUGCGACCGCUGCUGGUGCUGAUGCUCCUGCGGCUGUUGCUGGUGCUUCUGCUGGUGUUGCUGCUGUAGCUGAUGCUCCUGUGACAGCUGCUGCUACUGUGACUGAUGCUGCUGCUGCUGCUACUGCGAAUGAUUCUGCAACAGCUGCUGCUGUCGCUGCUGCUGAUGAUGCUGCUACUCCUGCUGCUGCUGCUGCCGGUGAUGCUGUCACUGCGCUUGCUAACGGUUUCAAGCAGCAGGAUCCUCCACUGCAGCAGCCACAAGAAGCAGCAGGGCAGGCAGGAGGAGGGAAGAAGAGGCGGAAAAAGAAGAAGGGACAGCAGGCAGGCCAGCAGGCGGAUCAGACAGGACAGCAGGCAGGUCAGACAGGACAGCAGCCUCAGGAGCAGCAGCAGCAGGAGUUGCGAAAUUCUGAUCACCGUUUUGAGUGGACCAGGGAGGAGUUUGAAUCCUGGGCGAAUGCUCUGGCCCAGGAGUAUGGUUACCAUGUUACAUUCGGUGGAGUGGGCGUGCUGCCAGAAGCAGAGCACCUGGGAUUCGCCACACAAACAGCUGUAUUUGAGAGAGCUACAUGUGAGAUGAAGGAUUUAGGACUGGGAUCUGAUGUGGGUCAGAUGCGGGACCUAAUGACUCUCAACCCUGACGUCAAUGUCCCAUCUCUCUGUACAAUGUCCCCUGCAUCUUCCCUGUCCCUCCCCUCUCGCCAGAUGCGUGACCUCAUGACACUCAAUCCUGACGUCAUGUCGUUGGGUCGGGGCGUGGUGUACUGGUUACCACCCGUCGCAAUGCGUGAUCUCAUGACGCUCAACCCUGACGUCAUGUCGCUGGGCCAGGGCGUGGUGUACUGGUUACCGCCCGAUGCAGUCCUGGCAGCAGCGCAGGCAGCGGUGCAUGACCCAGUGAGCAGCGGGUACGGAGUGGACGAUGGCACCAAGGAGCUCCGGGCAGCGCUGGUAGAGAAAGUCAAGACGGAGAAUGGACUUAUGGACUCGUCCAUCAUGGUUACUGCUGGGGCCAACCAGGCAGUCAUGAACGUGGUGCUGACGCUCUGUGACCCCGACAUGACUUAUGUUAACACCGUUGGCAGUUCGCAAACUCUUCUAACCGAGGCACGGGAGUAUCUCCCCGACGUUGACCAUGCCGUCUUCAAGCACUUCCGCAUCAUCAAGAGGGUCGAGGGAAAAGCUCAGCAGUACGAGUGCAAGUUCUGCAGCAACGUCUACACUGGUGCUGCCAUCCGAUGCGCGCAACACUUCACGUCGUGGAAGGGGAUGAAACGCCGUGAAGUGGUGCUUUGCAAGGAUGCGCCGCAAGAUGUGCGCUUGGCCAUGCGCGCGAAAUACGAGGCAAAGGCUGCUGCGGCCGAAGAGAAGAGGCGGGCAGCAGCUGAAGCGGUUGCCGCAGUCAAGGCUGAUUGUGUGAAGCGGGUGCGCAUCACCGAUUACCUUGAGGGGGAUGCGGCUGCAAGAAAGAGAGAAGCGGACGAGGCACUUGCGCUUGCUUGGGCCGCCCUCCAUAUCCCCGAGCGCCACAUUGACCAUCCUCUGAUGGUCAAUGCAUUGAACCUCGUCAAGCGCGCCGGCGUCGACUAUGUCCCUCCCAAGAGGAAAUACAUCGGCGGUGCUGGCCUUCUCUCAUGUCGCAACGGAAUCGAGCAGGGUUUGGUGGGCAUUAAGGCGAGCUGGAAGAGGACGGGCGUGACAAUUUCGUCCGACAUGAUGACGGACCGCAACGGCAGGCCGCAGGCCAACAUGCUUCUCGUAAACGAUUCCGGCGCCGUCUUCACCGAGUGUAUUGACUGCAACAUGGAGAGGAAAACCGGAGGUUACGCGGCAGGGAUUCUUAGGCCUGCGGUGGAGGAAGUGGGUCCAGAAAACGUUGUUGCGUUCUGCAUGGACGGGGGGUCGAACUAUGCGGUGGCGGUGAAGCAGCUCUUACAGGAGUGGCCGCACAUUCGAGAUGUGCCGUGCGCCACUCACGUAUUGGAUCUUCUCAUGGAAGAUGUCGGGAAGAUGGGAUGGGCUAAGCCGGUGGUCGACAAGGGAGGGGAGAUAUCUAGCUUCGUCCGCAACCACCACUGGACCCGAGGGUACCUGCGGAAGCCGGAAUUGGUGGAGGGGAAGGUUCUGCAGGCGCUGAAGCCGGCUGGAACCCGAUUCGGGACCAACUACAUAGCCAUAUCCCGGCUAUGUGCGAUGUGCGGCAGCCUUACCAACAUGUGGAAGACGGUCGAGUUCUUCGUCGCAUCGCUGAAGCUGCCCUUUAAGGUGAUGAGGCAGAUGGACGGGCAUGCCAAGGGGAUGAUGAGGAGGCUGUACGAUUUGAUGCUGCAGUUGACUGAGGACGUGGGGGGCUUGCUCGAUGCGGACGAGGAGCAGCUGAGCGACGGGGACAAGGACAAGAUCUGCCGCAUCCUCAGAGACCGCUGCGACGGCAGCCUCGCAUGCGCCAUGCAUGUCGCUAGCCGCAUCCUCAACCCCGCGAAUCAGGAGGAAGAUAUUUUCGGCACUGAUCCCGAGUGCACGAAAGUCUUCAAGGCGUUCAUUAGCCAGCAGGCCGAGUUCCUUGUGAGCCGCGAGGAUGGGGGGGAUGACGCGUGCGACAUCUUGAUUGAGCUGGGGGACGGGCUGAGGGCGUUCCUUGACAUGAAGGGUUCUUUUGGGAUGCCGGAAGCCGUGGCACAGAGGAAGCUGGUGAAAGAGGGAAAGUAUAGCAUGGUGAAGUGGUGGCAGUGGAAUGGGACUGAUGCCCCUCGAGUGGCGGGGCUCGCGGCGUUCGUGAAUGUGGUGCUGACGUUCUGUGACCCGGAUGACGCUGUGGCGUUCGUGAAUGUGGUGCUGACGCUCUGUGACCCGGAUGACGCUGUGGUGCUCUUCAAGCCGUUCUACUUCAACCACCAGAUGGCCUUUCAGAUGACUGGUGUCACUGACAUCGUGUAUGGGCCCUGUGACUCUGACACCCUGCAUCCCAGCGCUGAUUGGCUAGAGGAGGCGCUUUCAGGGAAGGAGGGCAGGAAGGUUCCCAAGGUGGUGGUGAUAACCAAUCCCAACAACCCCACCGGGACCUAUGUUCCCGAGGACUUACUGCGGAGAAUCUCCGCUAUAUGUGAGAAGGCUGGCUCCUGGCUGGUGCUUGACAACACCUACGAGUACUUUAUGUACGGUGGUAACCGCCAUGUGUGCCUGGAGGCCCCUCACGUGCUCAACAUCUUCUCCUUCUCCAAGGCCUAUGGCAUGAUGGGAUGGCGCGUUGGCUAUAUCGCGUACCCCAACUCCUCCCCUAGGCUUGGCCCGUCUCUCAUUAAAGCCCAGGACACCAUCCCCAUUUGUGCCAAUCUCAUUGGUCAGCAAGCAGCCCUCGCCGCUCUCCAAUCCCCUUCCGCCGGGAAACCCUUCGUCGACCGCCUUAUCCAGACCCUAUCCCCGAACCUGGAGGAGGCUCGGGACGCCCUAGCCAUGCUCACAGGUCCGGGGGUUGGAGGGCGGGUGUGGGGCGGGGAGGGGGCGAUUUACCUUUGGGCGAAGCUUCCGGAAGGAUGUGAAGAUGAUGGGGCUGUGGUGAGGUGGUUGGUGAGUGAACAUGGUGUGGUGGUUAUUCCGGGGAGUGCGAGCGGUGCACCCGGGCAUAUUAGGGUGUCUUUUGCAAACUUACCCGCGGAAAAGUACAAGGUUGCUGCAGGGAGGUUGAAGAAGGGGCUUCAAGAGCUGGUUGAGAAGGGGAUGAGGUUUCCUCUAAGUCAGUAA